AUGAUUAAGAGGAGAUUUUUUAAAGCAGAACAUGGAGAGAAAGAUGAAGCUUCCUCUGAUUCGUCAUCAUCUUCUUCCUCUUCGGAUUCUGAAGCUGAGGCUACUGAACAAUCAGAGGAUGAUGUAGUUGCUGACCCAGAAGAAAACAGUGAAUCAGAGGAUGAUGAAACAGUUGCUGAGCCACAAGAGGGCAAUGAAUCAGAGGCUUCAUCAUCGUCAGGUUAUGAGAGCGAGGAUAGCUCAGCGAAUGUGAUUGAUGGUGAUUCAUCAGAUGAUGAAACAGGAGAUGACAGAAAAACUCGUACCAGCGUUAAAAUAUUCAAGAAACAAUCUAAUGCCAGAGCUGACAAGGAUUCAGUACCAGAUGAUGUUCCAGAUUGUGUAUUAAAGUUCAAGUCAGUUUAUAAGUGCAGAAUCUGCCCUCGAAUUAUCUGUUUGACUGAGGAGACUAUGAGGACUCAUCUUAGUUCUAAGAGACAUGCUCGAUCUGAGAAAUUAAUGAAGGAAAACAGGCUGAAGGUAAUGCUUAACAGUGAUGGGGAAAUUGAGAACAUGGACGAGGAGACACAUGCAGAGAGGCAUGCUCGAACUGUAGCUCUUGCACAGGUUGCUUCUUGA